AUGAACUUCACCUCCGACUCGUGGGCCCGUUACCGGAGUCCUCCUGGCACUAGAUGUGACUGGAAGAUGGGCCCCUUGCAAGCUGGGACCAACGAGCCAGUGAACCAUCCCACCUCUACACGCCGCAACGGCCUGACAGAUGGGUCCCUGUGGGCCGUUAAGGCACUGUGCGAGAAGGCCAAGGAGAUAUUGAUGGAGGAAAGCAACGUUCAGCCUGUCAAGAGUCCAGUGACAAUAUGUGGUGAUAUACAUGGACAAUUCCAUGAUCUUGUAGAGCUUUUCCGAAUUGGCGGGAAGUGUCCAGACACCAAUUACUUAUUUAUGGGGGAUUAUGUAGAUCGUGGCUACUAUUCUGUUGAGACUGUCACUCUGCUAGUAGCACUAAAAGUGAGGUACCCACAUCGAAUUACGAUCCUUCGUGGAAACCACGAGAGUCGACAGAUCACACAGGUGUAUGGAUUCUAUGACGAAUGCCUGACGAAAGUGAGUUUGCUUAGGUAUGGCAAUGCAAAUGUUUGGAAGACAUUUACGGAUCUUUUUGAUUAUUUUCCUCUGACAGCUCUGGUGGAAUCUGAGAUUUUCUGCCUUCAUGGUGGUUUAUCUCCAUCAAUUGAAAAUCUUGAUAGUGUGCGCAGCUUAGAUCGAGUCCAAGAGGUUCCUCAUGAGGGACCUAUGUGCGAUCUUUUAUGGUCAGAUCCAGACGAUCGAUGUGGUUGGGGCAUAUCCCCUCGUGGUGCUGGCUACACUUUUGGCCAGGACAUAUCGGAGCAGUUUAAUCACACGAACAAUCUCAAACUUGUAGCUCGGGCUCAUCAAUUAGUUAUGGAGGGAUAUAACUGGGCUCAUGAACAAAAGGUUGUCACCAUAUUCAGUGCUCCAAACUAUUGCUAUCGAUGCGGCAAUAUGGCAUCCAUUUUGGAAGUUGACGACUGCAACAGUCACACAUUCAUCCAGGGCCAGAAAGAAAUAACUGGUGAAUAUCAAAGCACUAUGCAAAACUUGAGGUCCCCAUUGCCAUUGGUCAGUGCAAGAGAUGCUGCAAUCCUGAGACACAGCAAUUGUGCCAAACCACGCCCGAGUUUCAGCCUUUUCAGGUGA